UGCUAUAUUUACAAAACAGACAAAAAUACAUAGUUUCCGGGUCCGUACAGCAGGAGUGGAAGAGGCGGAUCUUCAGUGCUCUAUAUAAACACACAGACGCCAUCGUUGUAAAAUUUCAAUGCAGAAUCGUGGAAGUAAAGCAGUUGGAUCAGUGAUGGAUUCCAAGCCUCGUAGACUUCCCUUCACGGUGUCCAGCUCGUCUUCCUACUUGCCGUCUUCCUCCUCGUCCUCCUCCGCGCUGAGGCCCAGCAGGGACAGCUACACCCAUGCCAAAAACCUCAAACUAGAUGCAGACUACAAGAGCUCCUGGCUUCAGCUCCCGUCUCGAGACUACACCCCAUCUGAUGUCCGUCCCUCCUGGAAGACCCCCUCCACGGCGCGUGACGCCCCCUGGUCCCAGAGCUCCCUGUCCAGCCGGAGCAAGCUGACGGAGUCCGAGCGGAGGCUGGGCACGUACUCUGGCCUGGUCGGCUCCGCAGACGAUGGAGACACCAAGAGAGCCAAGCUGUCCUACAUGAACCGGACAUCAUCGUACACCAGAACCCCUUCCUCCUCUCUGAGCAGCUCCUCCUCUCUGAGCAGCUCCUCCUCUCUGAGCAGCUCCUCCUACAGCUCCACCUCCCCUCUCACCAGCACCUCAGAUUCCUCCUGGAGAACAUACCGGCCUUUGUCCCACACCUCGUCCUCCUCCUCCUCGGAGGCGCUGCGCUCGUGGAGGGAGCGGGAGCAGAGGGCUGACAGAGGCCUGAAGGAGACCAGCUACAGGAGUAGCAGCCUGGGGCUGGGCUCCUCUCUGUAUCGUCCAGACCGCCUCUCCUCCAGCUACGCCCAGGGUGCCCGGCCCAAAGAGCCCCUCUACUCCACCUCCUCCUCGGUCCGCGAGGGCUCCUCCCUCAGUCGCCACCUCUCCUCGGCCUACCAGCCGUCCCCCCCGGCCCGGGACCCCCGCCCCCCUGCCCGCUCCCUCUCCUCCACCUCUUCUUCCUCCUCCUCCUCCACCCUUCGCCCCUCCCUGCAGCAGGUCAAAGAGGAGCACCCCCCCACUCAGGCUGUCUCCUCCUCCUCCUCCUACUGGUAUUCCCCGGCCUCCAGCCCCCCUCCCCCGGCCUCCAGCCCCCCAGCCCCCCGCCCGGCCCCUGAGGGUGGAGACUCUGACGGCCGUCGUUCCACCCGCCGCCUUCUCUCCCGCCUCUUCUCCCGGCGCUCCAGCCAGGACCCCGCCCCCCCUCCCCUCCCCUCCUCUCCUCCCCCUGCCCCCCCACUCCUCCCUUCCUCUCCUCCCCCCGCACACCCAUCCCUCCCCCACUCCUCUUCCUCCACGGAUACAGCUCAGGCCUUUGCCUUCCUCCGGCGUAGCUGCCAGGGCAUCUCCCCUGCCCAGGAGAGAGAGCCCCCCCGCGGAGGACCGAGCCAGCCCAGUCAGGAGGCCUGGCGCUCGGGCAGCGAAGGCCCCGGGGCCCCCUCCUGGCUCCGUUCGCGCUGCACUCCUCUCUUCUCCCGCCACAGGAGGGAGGGACGCGACGAGAGCGCCCUAUUGGCCAGCAGCAGUUCGGAGGAGGGCCUCCGAGGCUCCCAGUAUCCAACCAGGAGACGGAACGAGCCCGAGCCCAACCCACAGGAGGAAGAUGAGGACGAUGGUGAGGGUGCUGCGGGGGUGAGGGCUGCUAGCGCCGCCCUGCAGGAGGAGUUGAGGGUGGCGGGGAGGAGCCAGCGACUGGCCCGGGUCAUGAGCAGCCCGCUCACCCUGCGAGGCAUGAUGGCCAUUGACAUGAUGGGCAUGGCCAGGAGCCAACCAGAGGGCCAGGAGAAGGACAAGCCCGCCCCUUCCAGAGAUCCAGAGAAACUGCGCAAGAUCCAGGAGAGCCUGCUACUGGAGGACAGUGACGAGGAGGAGGGGGAUCUGUGUCGGAUCUGCCAGAUGAGGGAAGAGUCUCCGGCCAACCCCCUGAUGGUGCCGUGCCGCUGCACAGGCAGUCUGCAGUUCGUCCACCAGGACUGCAUCAAGCAGUGGCUCCGCUCCAAGAUCAGCUCCGGAAGUGAUCUGGAGGCCAUCACCACUUGUGAACUGUGCAAGAAGAAGCUGCAACUCAACAUCGAGAACUUUGACGUCAACGAGCUGUACAGGACCCACGGCAGGUCAGAGUAUGAGUUCAUCUCCUGUGGGCUGUACCUGGUGGUUCUCCUACACCUGUGUGAGCAGAGGUUCUCUGAUGUUCUGGGAGCAGCCAAUGAUGCAGGGUUUUUCAACCUGGCGAGAACCCUCCACGAACACAUGGACAAUCUGGAAAGUUCCUAUAGCGACUCAGACGAGGAAGAAACUCAGGACACCCGGCCCUCUAUCGACUUCUGUGACCUUGACGACGACCUGGAGGAUUGAUUAGGGGAGGUGUGGGAAAUGUGAUGUUUUCUAGGUGAAUGGUUGUCUUUGUUUUGUCUGUCUUAUUUCAAUGUAGCGGUAUUUUCUUUUGCUUGGCCCUAAACAACGGUUUUCUUUAUUUUACUUAUUGCAAUAAAGUUUUGAAUGUAUAAACUAGCAUGUCUUGUUUAUAUAACCUAGAUUUGAUUAAAUCUACACCAAAUGAAGACGAUGAUUUUCAGGGAAAAACAAACCAGUUUAUUGAAGAAAAUGUCAGCAGGGUUGCAAUUUUGGAUUUUCUAAAGUAUUUAUUUAAACAUUUUGCGGGUUUACCUUUUUGAUAUGAUUUGGUUAAGAAGCAACUAAAAGACAGGUAUGUCACAAGUCCAAAGCAUCUUUGGUUUAAGUUUGGAAAACAAAUUAUAUUUACAAGGCAUUUUACAGCAGUUGAGGCAGUUUCAGGCCUCUAGUGCGAUUGGCUCAGGAAGCUAAAUCUUAGUUGGCUCUCGAACACAGAACUAUUGUGCAUGAAGAUGGCAGGAACUGCUUGUAAGGCAACACUUGUAGGAACACAACUUUUUUUUUUUUUUUUUUUUAAGUGCAUCAUUAUCAGUAGCUUUAGUGCAAAGGACAGGAAAGAGGCAGUCUAGCACAAACCCAACAACACGUUAUAAAUCAAGCGGAUCGUUCUAGAAUCUAGAACUACGCUUCGUUCUGCGGUUAUAUAGGAAGAUUGGAUGUCUGCAGCGUUUGCUGAGGAAGGGUCAACUUGGCACUCCGGUAAAAAUAAACGCGCCCGAAUGAUUACAUGACUUCCUACAGUAAUAUUCCAAUCCACAUAACUGAACAUUUGCAGUGGUCAAUAUUUACAUGACUGACAGUAUCAACAAUACUUUCAUCUGACGUACCACUAAGACUUUCACUCAAACCAAAUAGUGUAAGAAUUAUUCACAGGUCAGCAGAAGAGGGAAACGAUCACUAUUUGAAAGUGCAAUGCAGAUACUUUUCUGCAAGAAUUAUUCAUUAAAAA